GGCGCGGGGAGCCGGGCGUAGCGGGGCGCAGGAGCGCGGGGACCUGCACUGCCGCGCCGACGGCCCCGCGAGCGGGAUGGGGCGCCGCGCUGCCCCCGGGCCCGGCCCGUCGCCCCCCCGGCCCCAGCUCCCGCCGCUGCCGUUGCUGCUGCUCGCGCUGGCGGCCCGCGGGACCUGGGGCGCGCCCGCGCCCCGCGCGGAGGACCUCAGCUUCGGAGUGGAGUGGCUGAGCAGUUUCGGCUACCUGCCCCCUGCAGACCCCACAACAGGGCAGCUGCAGACACAGGAGGAGCUGACCAAGGCCAUUGUGGCCAUGCAGCAGUUCGGAGGUCUGGAGGCCACCGGCAUCCUGGACGAGGCUACCCUGGCGCUGAUGAAGACCCCGCGGUGUUCCCUCCCCGACCUCCCGGCCGCAGCCCCAGCGCGAAGGAGGCGCCAGGUUCCAGCUCCAACCACGUGGAACAGACGGAGUUUGUCCUGGAGGGUCCGCACAUUCCCACGGGACUCGCCCCUGGGCCGCGACACAGUGCGGGCGCUCAUGCACUAUGCCCUCAAAGUCUGGAGCGACAUCACGCCCCUCAACUUCCACGAGGUGGCCGGCAGCGCAGCAGACAUCCAGAUCGACUUCUCCACGGCCGACCACAACGACGCCUACCCCUUCGACGGCCCUGGCGGCACAGUGGCCCACGCCUUCUUCCCCGGAGACCACCACGCCGCGGGGGACGCCCACUUCGACGAUGACGAACCCUGGGCCUUCCGCUCCUCAGAUACCCACGAGAUGGACCUGUUUGCGGUGGCUGUCCACGAGUUUGGCCAUGCCAUCGGGCUGAGCCACGUGGCGGCCACAAGCUCCAUCAUGCAGCCCUACUACCAGGGCCCGGUGGGCGACCCUCUGCACUACCGGCUCCCCUACGAGGACAGGGUGCGGGUCUGGCAACUGUACGGCGUGCGGGAGUCUGUGUCCCCCACGGCGCAGCCAGACGCCGUGGAGCCCGAGGAGCCUCCGCUCCUGCCAGAGCCCCCCGACAAUUGGUCCAACUCCCCGCCCAGGAAGGACGUGCCCCACCGCUGCAGUACGGACUUCGAUGCUGUGGCCCAGAUCCGCGGGGAGGCCUUUUUCUUUAAAGGAAAGUACUUCUGGCGACUGACGCGGGAUGGGCACCUGGUGUCACUGCGGCCCGCGCAGAUGCACCGGUUCUGGCGGGGUCUGCCGCCGCGCCUGGACAGCGUGGACGCCGUGUACGAGCGCACCAGCGACCACAAGAUCGUCUUCUUCAAAGGAGACAAAUACUGGGUAUUUAAGGACAAUAACGUAGAGGAAGGAUACCCACGGCCCGUCUCAGACUUCGGCCUCCCGCCGGGCGGCGUCGACGCUGCCUUCGCCUGGGCCCACAAUGACAAGACUUAUUUCUUUAAGGACGAGCUGUACUGGCGCUUCGAUGAGCACAUGCGGCGCAUGGACCCCGGCCACCCCGCCCGGAGCCCCCCGUGGAGGGGCAUCCCCCGCACACUCGACGAUGCCAUGCGCUGGUCUGACGGUGCUGCUUACUUCUUCCGCGGCAAGGAAUACUGGAAGGUGCUGGAUGGUGAGCUGGAGGCAGCCCCCGGGUACCCGCAGUCCACGGCGCGGGACUGGCUGGUCUGCAGAGACCCGCAAGCGGACCCGGAGGCGGCGGGUGGAGAGGCCAGGGCCCAUGCCCAGCCAGGACAGCACGGCCAGAGCCGCGCCGAGGACGCCUUCGAAGUCUGCUCCUGCACCUCGGCCGCCUCUCCUCCCGCAGGGGCCUCGGGCCCGCUGCUGGCCGCCUCGCUGCUGCUGCCCCCGAGCGCCCUGUGGACGGUGGCCUGGGCCCUGGCGCUCUGACCGCCGCCGGCCUGUGAGAGGGCAGAGGGGACGCGGCUGGGGUCUCUCCGAACAUGGGCAAUGCCCCCACCCCUCCAGUGCCCGGACCGAGUUCCUGCAGCGCCACACGUGGCCUUGGGGCCCCAGCCUGGUGGAGAAGGACACACUGCCGACUCGAGCAGAGGCCACCGGGUCGCACCCCCCAAGCCCUGCGGCGAAGAGGCCAGCAGAGGGCGCUGUCCCUCAGGUGCUCGGCCGGCGCGAGGGCGCUGACUGCCCGCUGCAGAGCUGGGGAGACUCCGCAAGGCCAGGCCAGCCAGGCUAGGGGGGGCCGGGAGCCUGCCGCUGCACCACCAGGACGCAGUGAUGAGCCCGGGGAUGCGGGGCGGGGACGGGCAUUGGGUGGGCCUAGGGACCUCAGCCUGCGUGGAGCCAAGCUGCAGCCGUCGCCAGCACCAACCAGCCCGGUCUGGCGCCCCGACUGUGGCCGCUGGUGCUUCCGCCCACCCCUGGGGGGCUCUUGUCCACCCCCGACUCCUGCUCCUGUGGGCCCGCAGCUGCCUCCAACCCACACAUGAGCCCCCAGGAUGGGGCUGAGGCCGGCCGCUUCUUGACACAUUUCAGACAAACACGACCUCUCCCUGCUUCCUCCUG